CCUUAAAAAAAAUCAAUGAAAUUGAUUCAUAAACUAAUAAUAUUUCUUAAAUAGCUUAACCUCUAUCCAGUAGUUAUUAAUAUGUAAUCUUCCACUAUAAAUACCUGCCCAUGGCUCCAACCAUCGCUACACAGAAGGAAAAGUACAUAUAUACAUACGUACACACACACACACAAUCUACAAAUUAUGGGCAUUGGGCAAGAAGCUGCAGUUGCAGUUGCUGGAAGGGACAAAUACAGGUCUUUCUUGUCUGAAGAUGAAGUAGGAAAAGUUCAAUGGAGAAAUGGUGCGCCUCCCACAUUUGACGUUGUCAACAAGCUCUUUGAAGAAGGAAGAACCAAGGAAUGGCCUAAAGGAUCACUAGAAGAAACAGUGCAAAAUGCUAUCAAGACAUGGGAGAUGGAGCUCUCACACAAAACCCGCUUGCAGGAUUUCAAGACCAUUAACCCUGACAAGUUUAAGCUCUUUGUCAAUGGAAGAGAAGGGUUAUCAGGACAAGAGACCCUUAAGCUUGGGAGCUACAAUGCUUUACUAAAGAAUUCUCUGCCAGAGGAAUUUCAAUACUACAAAGCAGAUAAAGAGACCUUUGAAUCAUCUCAUGAAGCUUUUCGAAUGGCUUUCCCUCGUGGAUUUGCAUGGGAAGUGCUUGCCGUCUACUCUGGUCCUCCUGUGAUUGCCUUCAAAUUUAGGCACUGGGGCUUCUUCGAAGGCCCUUUCAGAGGACAUGCUCCUACUGGAGAGAAGAUCGAGUUCAUUGGACUCAGAACUCUCAAGGUUGACGAGUCCCUCAGGGUAGAGGAAGUUGAAAUUUACUAUGACCCAGCAGAGUUAUUUGGGGGACUGCUCAAAGGGUCAUCAAUUUCAGCCUCACAGAUUCCAACCACUCAAAGUUGUCCAUUCGCCAGUUAAACAAAUAUUGCAAUUUGAAAGAAGAGAACUGUACUUUCUGCCUUUGGAAGUAUCAACUCAACUAAGUCUACUUUCUGGGUAUCUAUUUGUCUAAAACAAUUGCAUAUGGUUGAAAACUAAUUGCCCUUUCUCUAUGUCCGCCAAACUCCUACUAUCUCAUGCCUAAACAUUACUGCUCAGUAGCAGACAAAUAAAUAAUAAAAUUAUUUGAAACAAAAAU